CGGGUAUAAAGAGGCAGCCACUUGUUGCUUCGCUUCGGGCAUCUUGGAUUCAGAACAACAGCAGCAACAACAGCGUAGCAAAGAAACCAACGAGCCAGUGAAUACCGUGAACUCACCACACACCACACACAAAAACGUUUUCAACCGAAAAAGUACCAACGCUCAAUCAAUUCAUCAUGAAGACCACCUCCAUCCUCGCCUUUUUCCCCAUCUCGAUGGCUCUCGCGGCCCCUUCGCCUCUUUCCCAGCGCCAGACAAACGGCUGUGUGGUCCUUUCCGGAGGACCCAACGACGAGGCCAGGGCAGCCGUCGUUGAAGCGAUGAAAUCCCAUCUUCCUCUUGAUGUCGGCGGUGAUGACGGCUGGUCCGGCUCCGGCGGUCCUACUUUCUGCAUGACUUGCCAGAGCGCCAAAAUCUGGAUCCAACACGCUGGCUGGGAAGGUGCCGGCCGGAGCAUCACUGCCGAGCAGCUCGACGCCGUGAUGGAUACUUUCAACUCGGGAGGCAGGGAGUGCGGGAACUCAGUCGAUGGGAGCGGCGGAUAUCUUUCUGUCCUGUAUGGCAACGACUACGACUACUCCGGCACUUGCGACUUUGAGUGGACUUGCUGAGCGCUUGCGAGCAGCCUAUAGUCCGUGACUCGAGUCUCCAUUUAUGGGGACCAGAUUCGGUACUAGCUGAAGCCAAGGCUUUUGAUAUUGGAUAUUCGUGUAUACUUA